AUGGCGGGGAACAUGGCGGCUUGGCCUCAAGCCGCCCGAAUGUAUGGAUGGGAUCAAUUUGGAUCAUUGCAGGCAGCUAUUGAAGCGAGCCACCAUCUUGCCUCUGCUACGAUUGCCACCAGGCUCAACGGAUCAGUCUCUGACGCCGAGGAUGAUUUGCCAUUUGUGACUCGUCGCCGCCGCCCUCGAUCGGGCGCGAAGCCGGCUCGUGCUGUGCUGCUCUCAGACAGCGAUGGAGAUGACGAUGAUGGCCAGGAGGGACCAUUGUCGGAUCAAGAGGCAAUUGAGGCACAGAGCCCUGGGGCAGCAUCUCCCACGCCAUCCAGCGAGGGGAGUGGUGUCAGUCUGGCCGACUCGGAGCUGCGUUCGGGCGAUGAGGUUUCGGAUGACGAUUGGGAUCGUGACCUCAGUGACUUUAUUGUCGAUGACGACGACGGCGAUGAAGAUGAGAGUGAGGACGACGAUGAGGAAGAAGCACAAGACUCUGAUAAUGUCACUGAAGAUGACGCUGCGGAAGACAACGACGGAAUGGGUGCGGAGGAUACUGAUGAGAAUCUCGAAGAUGGCCCAGGGUAUGCUUCGCCGCCUUCAAGCGUACCAUCACCGUGGAAGGGCGAGAAUCUCCGAGGCAUGACCCCUCGUACACCACGCCGACGCCACCGAGAAAGCGUGCAGCAAGAGCGUUCGCCACUGCGUCCAUUGUGCGAGGCGCCCACGGGUCAAUUUUAUGAAUUUGAUACAGGCUCCACCUCGCGCACCCCUUGCACACCGACGACGCCAACCGUGUCCCGAUCAAAUGCCAAAACCAACAAGAGCAAGGUCGCUUUUCGACAGUCCCAGUCUAUGUUUCGACGAAGCCGCGAGCACCUGGCUAGUCAACUCUUUCAAGAGUAUAAUGUUCAGGUUUUUGACCGCCAGCUUCCUCAGGACCUUGAGCUGAAAUGGAGCAAUCGCCUCAAUACCACCGCCGGGCGAGCCGUACUGCGGUUGCAGCGGGCUACAGGUCAUCGCACAGCGUCAAUUGAGCUCUCCACUAAGGUUGUAGAUUCCAAGGAGAAGCUUGAAAACACCUUGUGUCACGAGUUGUGCCAUGUUGCGGCCUGGCUCAUCAAUGGUGUUAACAAGCCUCCGCAUGGCCGCGUGUUCAAGGGAUGGGCUGCGCGGGCCAUGCGCCGAUACCGCCACCUCAAUAUCACGACGUGUCACAGCUAUGAGAUUGAAUUCCGUUAUCGUUAUCAGUGCACGAAUGCUGAGUGUGGGCAUGUCUUUGGUCGUCACUCCAAGUCCAUCAACGUCGAUCGUCAGGUCUGCGGUCGCUGCCACAGUCGGUUAAUCUUGCAGCCACAGCUCAAGGCCGAUGGCACUCCCCGCAAGAAACGCGCCCCAACAGCCUUUUCCCUGUUUGUCAAAGAAAAUUUUGGCGCGGUCAAACAGGCUGAGCCCGGCUUGGAGCAUGCCGCCAUCAUGCGCACCCUGGCUGCCCAGUUCAAAGCGCAGACGCUCAACUGA